AUGCAGAUCUGGUUACUUUUUGUUCUGAUCAUGCUGGCAAAUACUGAGGUACUCCGAAGGGAAAUGUGCACAGGUGGACAUCCUGGAAUUCCAGGAAAUCCUGGUCACAAUGGAAUACCUGGAAGGGAUGGAAGAGAUGGGUCUGUGGGUGAAAAAGGCGAUACAGGUGAAAUCGGGAAAGUUGGACCUCCAGGCCCCAUGGGACCAAAAGGUGAACCUGGCGAACAAGGGCCAUCUGGUGCACCUGGUGCCAAAGGAAGAAGAGGUGAACAAGGAAGUAAGGGAACACCUGGCAAAAUAGGACCAAAAGGAAUUCCUGGACCAUUUGGGCACAAAGGCCAAAAGGGAGAACUAGGACUGCAAGGAUGGCAAGGUGUAAAAGGGGACUUAGGACCUCGAGGUCCAAAAGGGGACAAGGGACCUAUUGGAUUUCAGGGGAAUAUUGGUUUACCAGGUCCUAUUGGGCCUACUGGUGUAAGAGGUCCCAAAGGAGAAGUAGGAAGGGAAGGCCCCAGGGGACGUCCUGGAAUUCAAGGUGAAAAAGGAGAUAAAGGGGAAAUAGGGGAGAAAGGGAACACUGGAGAGAAUGCAUUGAUAAGGAAUAGUGCAUUUAGUGUUGGCUUGACAGAAGUUUCCAAAUGGCCUCGUUCAGGCAGUCCAAUCAAGUUUGAAAAAGUCAUAUAUAACAACCAAAAUCACUAUAACGUCUCCACAGGGAAAUUUACCUGUGUAUUUUCUGGGGUUUAUUAUUUUGUUUAUCAUAUCACUGUCUAUGUCAAACAUGUCAGGGUUGCUUUAUAUAAGAAUGGUGCUUUGGUUCUCAAUACUUUUGAUAGCUAUCAGAAUAGUGAGGAUCAGGCUGCAGGAGGUACUCUACUGCAUUUACAAACUGGAGAUCAAGUAUGGCUUCAAGUAAUUGGUGGGGAUUCUUACAAUGGACUGUUUGCAGACAACGAUGAUGAUACUGUUUUUACGGGGUUUCUGUUGUUUACUGAAUAA